AUGACAAUUUCUUAUACACUCGAGGUGGCCAAUGUGAGUUUUGGUGGCUUCUCCAGGCUCCUGUUCAGGUGGAAGGGGAGCAUCUACAAGCUGCUUUAUAAGGAGUUCCUGGUGUUUUGUGGGAUUUAUUUAUUUUUCAGUGUGUUUUACAGGUUCCUUCUUUCACCAAACCAGCAGGACCUAUUUGAGCGUGUUGCCCUUUACUGUGAUCAGUUCACCAACACCAGCUUCAUCCCAGUUUUGUUUGUACUGGGCUUUUAUGUGACCCUAGCGUUUAAUCGAUGGUGGGGUCAGUACACCAGCUUCCCACUGCCUGAUGACCUGAUGAUGGUGGUGUCUGGAAAUGUCCACGGGACAGAUGAGCGGGGUCGUCUGCUGCGACGCACACUCAUGAGAUAUGCCAACUUAUCUUCAGUUCUUAUUCUGCGCUCCAUUAGUACAAGAGUGCACAAGCGUUUCCCAACACUGGAGCACAUCGUGGAGGCUGGAUUUAUGACUACACAUGAGCUGAAAAAGUUCGAGUCGCUGCACUCUGAUUUCAACAAGUACUGGAUGCCUCUGACGUGGUUCUCUAACCUGGCGUCCAUAGCGAGAGAGGAGGGUCGAGUGAGGGACGACAUAGCGCUGAGACUUCUGAUGGAUGAGCUUAAUAAGUACAGAGCCAAGUGCAGCCUCCUGUUCCACUAUGACUGGAUAAGCAUCCCUCUGGUCUACACUCAGGUAGUCACUAUUGCAGUUUAUUCGUUUUUUGCUUUCUGUGCUAUUGGUCGCCAAUUCUUGAACCCUGAGAAAGGAUACAAGGAUCACAAACUAGACAUGUAUGUUCCUGUUUUCACCCUGCUGCAGUUCUUCUUCUACACUGGCUGGCUGAAGGUGGGAGAGCUGAUCAUCAACCCGUUUGGCGAGGAUGAUGAUGACUUUGAAACCAACCAGCUAAUUGACAGAAACAUUCAGGUGUCAAUGCUGGCUGUGGAUGAUAUGUACCAGAACCUGGCUCCAAUUGUGAAGGACAAGCACUGGGAGCAGGGCUAUUUCUCCAUCCCCUACACUCUGUCGACAGCAGCCGAGACUCUCACACCAGCUUUCAAAGGCUCCACCUUUGACAUGACGUAUAAACUAAUGGGUUUUUUUAUGUUUCAAUCCCUAUUUCUGCAGUUGCUGAUGUGUGCUGAGGAUCUUGAGAUUGUCCAGCCUGCAGACACUCCUGGAAAGAAACAGCUUCUACCUCCUAAAGGCUCCCUGGAAGACGGACUCAACCGUCUUCUAGGGAGAGGUGAAGGCAUCCUACGUGAUGAAAGCCUCUCUUCUCUGAUGAAUGUCUUGUCGUACCCAAAUAAAGAUGAUGUUGAUGUUUCCCCUGAGGGUGACAUCACUGCCACCAAUCACAAAGAACAAGAAAAGACAUUGAUUGCAGUUGCAGUAGCACAUAACUGCUAA